UGCUAUCCUCUAUUAGACGAGAUUUCUGGAGGUAAGAAGUGGUUACGCCUCUUUCAUGGGAUGUUAGCUUUUUUGUUAUUUUGGAUCCCCGUCUUAAGCCCGUUAGAUGUCAACGUACAUCUCAUCAUUAUCUCAUAUACGACCUGAAUAGCUUGAACUGGCACAAGCAUCAAUAACACCCGUGGACAUGUUGCCUUUCCCGUUGUAGACGUUACCAGACUGGCGACUCCAGCAGAAUUCUUGGAUUCCGUUCCGUCUCAAAUAUCUAUCAUUGAUCCCAUUGGCUAGUAGGUCCGUCAUCAGGGGGGCCGUGCCCAAUUCAAGACACUCCAUCGUCUGGUCUAAGGCUGAAUAUCAUCACACUACUCAAGUAGAUCUAGAGGCAAUUCCUAGAGACAAUUGGAUACUCACUACAAGUCAAGCAAUUCACAGAAAAAUCAUUGUAUUCAAUGGCGCUUAAUACUCCCAUCGGGUACAUCGUCCAAUUUCAAGCCUCAGAUGGAAGCCCAAUUGAUGGCAACACAAUUAUUACUCCUUACAACAAUAAAGCUCAGAUGAACCCCUCGGCCCAGCUGAAUGGUAAUUCCGGAAGACAAGCCAAGAAGCGGCCUAACCUCCCCAAGGUUCGAUCCGGAUGCGUAACUUGCAAACGAAGGAGAAUCAAAUGUGACGAGCGAAAACCCGAAUGCAAUCGAUGUCAGGUGUUUGGCGUGGCAUGUGAAGGAUAUGGUGUUCGUAUCUCUAUAAAUCGACGUAAACCCGACCCCAAACCACUUCUCCCUCGCACUGAUGAGGUAUCGCCAAUAUCAUUAUCGCCUCAAUCAUCUCAUUCACAACAACUCUCGCCACAUUCCUCGCCGUCGAUGAGAUUGCCCUUCCGGGAUGAAUCGGAAGAACGAUAUUUUCGAACAUAUCUAACUAAAACAAGCAUAUCCGUGACUUGGAGUCGAAGUCGCGUCUUUUCUUCGUCUCUAUGGGAUCGCAUCAUUAUGCAAGCCGCGCACGAUGAAUCUUAUCUUCGGGAGAUGCUAGUUGCAAUUGGUUCAUUUGCUGAGUCCAAAGAUGUCCAAUCGAGGGGGUACGCGGAUGAAGCAGUGCAGAUGCGAGUUUUUGCUGUCAAGAAAUAUGGGCUUGCCCUUCGUUCGAUGAGUGUUGGGUUGUCCAAACUAGAAACCAGUGAAGGUCCAAGGAAGGCCUUGAUCGGUUGCCUUUUAGUAUGUUGUUUUGAAUGGUUGUUAGGAAAUGACUUUACUGCUCUGUCACAUGCUAGAAGUGGUAUUAAAAUACUGCGCCAGUGGCUAAGAAAUUAUAGAGGUAAAAAUUACAAAGCAGGUAUCUGUUCUCCGGACUCUGGGAUGAUUGAGGACGAAUUAGUUCAAGCCUUCCUUAGGCUUGACAAACAAGUUGCAACAUUCGGAGACCCUGGAACAAGUGAAGAGCACAGGGAGACAAUAUUCGAAUCAAUCGGAACAAUACAAGACAUGCCUAGCAUAUUCCCUGACUUACAGGAAGCCCGGUUAUAUCUGGAGCUUAUCGAGAGACGAUCAGUACAUCUUGGAUACCUAGCAGCUGAAUGUGCCGCUGCCGCCGCCAGCAAUACCGAUCCUUCCACUGCAGUCGUAGCAACGAAUUGCUCUGACGAGGACUAUAGACUGCCUGAAGUAGUAAAUGUAAAGGCCCUCAAAUACGAAAUCACACAAUCACUUAUCAGAUGGACAUCGGCCUUCGAUUUGUUCUGUUCUAAAAUUCCACCGCUUGACACCGAUCAACUUGCCGGCGCUAAUCUGUUAAGAUCGCAGAGCAUCGCGAUGGAUAUAAUUAUGAAAAUUGCGCCAGGUGGUCCGCCGCCAGAUCACGAGGCAAUCAUUCCGGAGUAUCAAAGGAUAUUGGCUAUUACUGAGGAAAUUCUUGAUGAAACAAAAGAACAACGACAACCUGGGAAUUUUAAAUUCGAACAAGGUGUCAUAAUGCCUUUGCAUAUUGCCGCAAAAUGGUGCCAUGACCGUACGAUCCGGAGAAGGGCAAUAGAACUUUUGAGAUCGUACCGAGAUAGUGAUGGGGAACCGAUGAGAGAGGGAGUGUGGGAUAGCGAAAUGUUUGCAGAAUGGGAUGAAUGUGCAUCAGAGGAGAAAGAAGGUUCGGUGUGGGGAGAUGGCUCGGAAAGGAUUGGGGAUGGUCAUAUGCGGAAUGCGGCGAAGGAUAAAAAUCAAAUUUUUAGGUUGAAUGGAUCGGUGAACUGGGAGAGGAGGUCCAGUAGUGGAAGUUCGAGGAGUAGUUUGGGACGGAUAAUGAGUGGUAGUCCUAAGAGUGAUAUGGGACGGGGAUCAAGUGGUAGUCCUAGGAGUGAACACGGGCAGGGAAGGACGGGGAGUUGUGUGGAAUUGGGGGAUGUGGAGGGUUGGGUUGAGGAACUGCCCGUUAGAGCAUCCCCUUGAGAGAUGAUAUGGGUGAUAUCAAUGUAUUUUAAAACUAGCAACAUACUGUAGGACUAAUAUGUAUAAGCAGAACAGCUAAAUGACACAAUAAUAAAGAUAUGUAAGUAUCUUGUCUAGGUACAUUCAGA